ACUAAUAAAGUUGUCUCUCUCCUGUUUCUCCAGGGGGCGCACAGGAGACGCUAUGCUGACGACCUGAGCUGGACGAGUCCUGAUUUCAUCCCCUCUCUCCCCUAUCGGUUCACACUUGGGCCGCUUUGAACCAGUCACCACACACCAACAGUAACCACCUCCUCCAGCCUUUUUUCUUCUCCCCCCCAUCCCCCCACCCCCACUCCCUCCUGCCCAGCCUGCCGUCACCAUGACGUCGGAGCUGGAGAGCAGCUUGACCUCCAUGGACUGGCUACCACAGCUGACCAUGCAGGCGGCCAGCCGCAAAACUGACACCCAGAAUGCUCAUGGGCCCAGCAUGGGUAAGAAAAGCACCUUACUGGAUCACAACACCACGCUGGAUCAGGAGGAGGUGCAGCAGCACAAGGAUGGCAAGCCUCCGUACAGCUAUGCCAGCCUCAUCACGUUCGCCAUCAACAGCUCGCCAAAGAAGAAGAUGACGCUGAGCGAGAUCUACCAGUGGAUCUGUGAUAACUUUCCUUACUACAGGGAGGCGGGCAGUGGCUGGAAGAACUCAAUACGGCACAAUCUGUCACUAAACAAAUGUUUUCUCAAAGUGCCUCGCUCCAAAGAUGACCCUGGAAAGGGCUCCUACUGGGCCAUUGACACCAACCCUAAGGAGGACGCUUUGCCUACUCGGCCAAAGAAGAGGCCACGGUCUGGAGAGCGGGCUUCCACACCAUACAGCCUGGAUUCAGAGUCUUUGGGGAUGGACUGUAUGAUCCCUGGAAGUGCCUCUCCAACGCUGGCAAUCAACACUGUGACUAACAAGGUGGCGUUGUACAACACAGACCAGGAAGGUAGUGAUAGUCCGAGAAGCAGCCUUAACAACAGCCUGUCUGAUCAGAGUCUAGCCUCCGUCAAUCUCAACAGUGUGGGCAGUGUUCACAGCUACACACCGGUGACCAGCCAUCCAGAGCCUGUGUCCCAGUCGAUGAGCCUGCAGCAGCCCCCCCAGUCCCAGUACAGCAUACCAGACAGGGAAAAGCAGCUCCCCUUCUCAGACUUUGAAGAUCUCAGUGCCUCCUUCCGCAGCCUUUACAAGUCUGUUUUUGAGCAGUCCUUCAGCCAACAAGGUCUGAUGGGCAUGCCAUCGGAUAACUCCCAGCAGACCCACACCUCUUGCUCCUAUCAGCACUCCCCUAGUGGCACCAUUAACACUCAGAAUAGCUUGUCAAACAACCAACCCAACAACCACCACAACAACCACCCUGCCAACACGGGCCAAGUCCCCCUGUCUCACCCCGCCCAGGCCCACCCUGGCCAUGGCUCUCCCCACGCACAGCACCUCUCGCAGCACAGCGGCACCCACAACCAACACGGCCAGCACAGCCAGCACCCUCAGCACCCCCAACACGCUGCUCACUCCCAGCACGGCCAGCACCCGACCCACGGCCAGCACCCGCAGCACACGGCUCACCCCUCCCAGCACACGCAGCACAGCCAGCACCCCUCCGCACAUGGACAGCAGCACCAGAGCCUCUCCCACCAGCAACAGAUGGCCUGCAACACAGGUUUACUGUCUGAGUGGUACCCAAAUCUGGAUGCUCUGAAAGAAAGCUGUCGUAUUGCCAGCAGCUAUAACUGGGCCGACGUCGACCUUUCUCCUUUCCAAGGUUUAAGAGAAAGCAUGAGACAGGCUGAGCUGAACAAUUGGUGCCUUGAACCCCGCCAGAUUGCGGACCUCUGCUCGUCCAUCGACCAGUUCUUUGCUCGCACCGGUGUAAUUCAACAACAGGGGGCAGUGCAGAGUCCCGUGUGUCACAGCUCCAUGCACACCAACAAGCCCAGCCAGCACCUAAACACAGGAAAUCUCUACAUGGACACAAGACAGAGCAUGCCCCCUAUGAUGGGCCCUCCAGGAUAUCCCCACAUGCCCCCCAUGAGCAACACAGGACCCACAAUGACAGGACACCAUGCACAGAUGAACCAGCAGCACAUGAUACCUUCCAGGACCUUUCAGAUGCAUCGCAUGCAACCUGAUGACAUCCAAGAUGACUUCGACUGGGACUCCAUUGUUUAGCUGCUCCAUCCCUCCACACCCCGUUAAAGCAAAUAAAAGUGGAUGGAGGAGGGGAGGUGUAACCCAGAGGAGGCUAGGCUGAGCUGACAGGCCGCAAGUUGUUUGAUGCAGAGGAACGUUUGAAAAACUUUGGUGGAAACCAGCCUUUAGAGUCCUGACAAUUCUACAAGCAGCAAACCAUAACCAGAAAAUGUUACUUUGAAGACAAUCAUCUUUAGUCAGACAUGCUCUUGUGAUUCAUCACAAACUUGUCUCGAGACGAGUGGAACUCAUUAACGAAUCAACCACAUGGUCCUCAGCUGCUCGGCCAGCCCUCUCCUCCUACUCUGACGAUCAUCCCUCCAAAGCUGAAUUCCUCUCCCUGCCCCCCCCCCCCCCCCCCCCCCCCCGCCCCCCUGCUCCGUACCUGUCAUGUGAUUUGAGCGACGUGUUCAGCUUGUAAUUCUUCUCGUGUCGUUAGGUCUCAGCUGGUUUCUCUCUCUAACUCUAUCUCUUUCUCUCUCUUGUGUCUGUUUAAUAUUUUUGUUUGCUUAUUUUAACUUUUAUUUCUUGAGAAAAAACACAGGCCGUCUUUCUCGGAGGAACACGAUGGUGCUUGAUGGUGACUUGUGGGGUAAACUGCUCUGCUGUGGCAGAAGAGACAGCUAGCUUAGGUUUACAGGUGAUGAACAUCUGAACAGGGUGUUUCCCACCACUGGGUUGAUUUUUAAACCAGGAGCUUAACUGGAGAGAUAUCCCACAAAAUCUCUGCAGUUAUGGGAGAGUUUGUUCUCAUAAAAUUCAUCAGAAAUGAAUUUAAACAUUGAGAAUAUCAAAUCAGGUAUGUGGAAAAAAAGUCUUGAAUGAAUCUUUAUUUUCCAGUCUGAGAUUGUUUGGGUUCUCAAGUUAGUAUGUAGUUGAUCCACCUGAAAGUUUUAGCAACUCUAAAAAUUCAACAGAAACUUUUUUUCUUUAGUCUCCAUUAAUAAUUAAACAAUAUCCUAUCACUCUAAAGCAGCUGCAGAAAAGCUAGCUUAUGUUUUAAGUAGUUUGAAUAAAUGCUAAAACUUUUAUUUCAGAAUAUGGGAUUUUUGUAUUUACUAAAAAUUGCAAUUAAUCAUAAAGCCUGAUUAAACAGACUUGAAAGAUAAUGCUGAUAAUAAUAAAAGACAAUAUUUCUGUUUCUUUUUUGUAAGAGGGAGAGAAUAAUAGUAACAUCUUUGCAGCCAGCUUAUCAGCAGUGUGCAGCAAUAGAUGGAAGUGGGAAGCUGCACUUUGCUGUGCUCCAUAAAGACCAAAUUCUGCCCUUUGCCCCACAGGAACUUGUACCUAUUUAGAACCCAGAUAUGCCCUGAUACCAGCUACCGACCCGAUUCUAGUUUGGGUUCCACCAGUAGCAAGAGCUUAACUGAACAGAAAUCUCCUGAUCUCCCUUCACGUCUAGAUGAAAAGAAAGUCUUGCUGAUCAUUUGCUGAUGGAAACAGCUUUUCAAAAAUUAUUAAACAAUGUAUCAGAUGAUUCAUUUAGGGAUAGAAUAGACAUGAGUGAGUUUUUGUUUGGUGAUUAAUGAGACAUCCAUUAUGCAUUGGUGUAAUAAAUUAUAAAAAGGUCCAGUUUUUAACUUAAAACUGAAUUGUUGAUGCUACCUGCAGAUUUUGUGGUUAUAGUCCAAAUCUACGUGGAGUCAUUUUGUUUAAACUGCCAAAUCUUAUGACAUAAAGAUUAGAUUUUUCUAAAAUACAAUAAGAACAGGAAGAAAAUAAUUCCCACAUGUUGGUGGAACGUGUGUUGUGUGUGUUUGUGUGAGAGACUGGCUUUUUAUUGUAAUUUUAGGUUUAAGAUUGAUUGCUGCAAUCAUCUCUAUGCUAUCUGAGCAUAAAGCAGAAGCACACAGUGAAGGGGAGAAAGGUUUUCUUCUCGCAGUUAGACGAAAAAGAUUAUCUAAAGCACAGAGCAGUAGAGAGGGAUGGGAGAUUCUGCAGACCUGGUCUCUACUUUACUGUAGUGGCUCCACAUUCCGACUGGCACUGGCCGAAAGAGACAUGGGCUAAAGGAAUAGAAAAGCCCAUUGCACAUGGGUAUCUUUUGUUUACUUGACCUGAAGAUGCUAAACUCCUCCUUGCCCCAGUGAACUAAUCAUAUUUUAUCCUAUGAGUCAUUUCACUCAGAAUAUCUAAUUGAGCCGCUCUUACUGGCGGCCAACCGUUUCCUCCUCUUCGUCAGGUUCUGGUGUUCUCCAGCUGCAACGCUGUCUCUGUUUAAAGGGGCAGUACAUUAUUUUUGGAAUACUAUUCUGGCUUUUAAACUGGGAGAUGAGAAAUUAAUAUGUCUAGAAUGUUUAGAUGAACUGUGAGGCUGCAGCUUCCUGUCAGCUGAGGUUAGCAUAAAGACUGAAAACUAUUAACUUUAUAAAACCCGACAAACAGAACAUCAGUUAUAUUCUCUGUUUAAAGGACUGAGAAUAAAUAAAAGACGUAGAGUAGGCUACUUAAAGACAAAUCUAGUUGGUGUUUGGUCAUUAUCUUUAUAUCAGAUUUUAAUAAAUCCAUUUAAUGCCGCUUGGAAAUGGUUACCCUCAUAUUACUUUUACUAAUAAUGAUGCUUUUACUAACCUCUAAUAAUGUGGCUGUAGUCUAAAUGUAUAAAUAAGGAUUUUCCAACCACUUCAAUUUUUAUAAAUCAAUUUUGUUGGUUUUCCUUUUUUUAAGUUAAGAGCUGUAACACAAAAAAGAAAACUGAUUGCCUGUGAGAUCCAAUAUUGUGCUUCUGCUUUUUAAUCUAUCGGAAGUUAAAAUAUCACAAUAUAACCCUAAAUUAUCUAUUAUUAUUAGUUUUAUUCAAUUUAAAAAAUGCAUCAGUGCACUUGGAGUUGUUUAAAACAUAUAUGGACAAAAUGGAGUAUUUGAUAAGCCAGUCGUCAGUCAGUCGAGGAAAUAUUGGUCCAUUUUGAAUUUGAUCCAGGCAUCUCAGUAAGCAGCAUCUUUAUUAAGUGACCAACAUUUAUUUAUAUUAUUCAAUGAAUUUGGAUAUUAGGAAAUUAUCUCAGGCACCAAAUGUAGAUUUUGCUUCAUAAUUAACAUCCUCUCUAAGUCUCUUCAUCCCUCCGUUUCCAGUCUUUAUUCUAAGCAGACAUCAAAACAAGAUAACCUGAAAGUUUCCUAUAUUCUGUUUAAAUUAAACAAGUUCUUCAGACAGUUAUUUUCUUUUAAAGGUCCAUUUUGUCCGUUUUUUUGCUUUCAUAUUUGACGAACAGUUAUUGAUACGUUUAGUUAGUGGAAACAUGGCACUUUCAAAUCCAAUGGUUUCUUUUUUAAGUUGAACUUUACAGAACCACGCUUUCUAAUGAUGCAGCAAGGUAUUAAGCCUGGUUUAGACUUUAGAUCAUCUUAAGCACUCAGAGCUGCACUGUGCAGAAGAAACCCAAGUUCUCCUCUAAGCUUAUAAAACUGCCAUUUAUUGUCAUUUCUUUAUAUAUUCUUUUUUUUUUUUUUUUACUCCUGCCAAACGUGUGUGUUCACCUCUUCUCCUUUCUUGCUAACGUUUUGUGUAUUUUUCAAGCGUCCUCUGUAUAGGUGGAUGUCGAGUUUUUAACUAAAGCUGAUCAGGUUCUAGACUAAUUUCUUGGAGAGAGGUAAACUGAGUCGUGAAUGGUCUGGGAGGUGAGCAGGGGUCAAAGAGACUGCUGUCUGUGUGCUGAUCAGGACUCUUGGAGAACGUUCUGCGUGUUGGCAAGAAGCUUUUCAGCUCUUCCAGGUGAAGACUGAGAAAACAAACUAUUACAGGAACUCGUCGGCCAACAGGAUAUGAAUUGAGUAAAGAGAGGGAAAAAAAGGGAAAAGGUGAAGAAAUGACUGGAUCCCAGUUUUGCAUUUUGUCUCUGUGUGUAUUUUCUUGUGGAGGUUUUUAUUUUUCUUCCUUUUUUUAAAUACAGCUGGACAUGUACCUGCCAGAGAGAUUAUUGAUGUUAUUAUUGGGGAGAGAAAAAAAAAACAAUUGAAAAAUGAAUAAACCUUGUUACAACAUUGGAGAGAACUGCCAACAUCUACUGCUGAUUGGGGCCUAUUUUAUUCAGUGCUGGUGUGUUGUUGUGCUUUGUACAUAAUGUGUCUUUUCAAUCAUCCCUUUUUUUCUCCUCUGCUGGGGUGGGGGGAGGGUAUGCAUAAAAGAGGCGGGGAAAGAAUAUUUUGUUAUUUUUCCCAUCAGACAGUAUGUAUAUAUCUAUAUUGUAUAUAUGUGAUGAAAAUGCGUUGGCUUCUUGUGUGACACUACCUUUUACCUGUACCUAUGGUUCUACAUUCAGUGUUUUCAGUGUUGACAGUUUAUAUUUGGUUUGUGUUUUUAUUUUGUAGUCCUUAUUUUGUCUUUGUCAUUUCUUGUACUUUCUUUCUCUUUUUUUUUUUUUGUCUCCUGUUUUUGUUUACUGCACGGUUUAUUACUUUUGUCAAAUGAGGUGACACAGCUACUCUUUGUAUUCGUUUAGUGCUGUAAAAUAACUCAAGUGUUAUUAGAAAAUUGUCGAUACCAACGCCCACCCCCCCGCCAACCUUCCCCAAUAUGCAUGAAUGGCACUUAAAUAAAAUAUUGUAACUUCACUGUG